GGCCAUUCAGUACAUCCCCACAGAUCAGCCUUGGACCGCCGUAUUCAGAGACGCAAGCUCCUCCAGUUCCUGUUUCCGCUGCAGCCGUUCUGCCCAGCUUUCUGGAGCGACGAGACCCGCGUCAGACCCAGCCUCCCGCAGCCCCUCCAGUCGGAUGCCUCUGGAAGCCGGCGCGUCACACCGGGAAUGCAACUUGAAUAAGAGAAUCCAGAGGGACUGGAAGGACACAGCGAAGUGCUCUUGGAAAGGCUGGCCAGUGUGGAGCUGGGGGAGAGCUGAAGCCAUCAAUCGGGCCGCCAUGCUUUAGCACACAGCAAAGACUGGCUGUUCACUGAAGAAACACCGUAUUGCCUUUCCGUAGAUAAUUCUGAGCCACAGAAGCGAAAGUCUCCCACUUAUCUGCCAUUUGUCAUCCUCGCGAAGAUGCCAGUGCAAAGAUUAGCGCGGUGGCAUUUCUGGUGACGGGGCACAGAGCUUGCGUGCGCAUCCAGGCAGGCAGGCCGGCUGGUGGACCGACGGGUGGACGGGCACACCACAAGACGUUACCAGUGGGCGCGGUGGAAGCAUGCGGCCCUGGGCAGGCUCAUGGCGGUGGAUUACCCUGGUGCUGCUGGCCUGGGGCACACUCCUCUUCUACAUCGGGGGCCACUUGGUGAGGGACAGCGAGCAUCCGGAGCGAUCCAGCAGAGAACUGUCUAAAAUCCUGGCCAAGUUGGAGCGGCUCAAGCAGCAGAAUGAAGACCUGCGGCGCAUGGCCGAAUCUCUCAGGAUACCAGAGGGUCAGGCAGAAGCUGGGUCGUUGGCCGCAGGAAGGCUCCGCUCCCUGGAGGACCAGCUAACCAGAGCCAAACAGAAGAUUCACAGCUUCCAGAAACUCACCGGAGAUGGACCCGGCCCCACUCAGGAGGAGCUGCGCAGGAAGGUGGAGAAUGGCGUCAAGGAGUUCUGGUACUUUGUGCGCAGCGAGGUGAAGAAAUUGUCCAAUGUGGAGCCCAGCGAGAGGCAGAAAUAUGCUGACACGCUCCUGCAGGACCUGGGACAUCAGGAGAGAUCCAUCAUGACAGACUUAUACUACCUCAGCCAAGCAGAUGGAGUUGGCGAAUGGAGAGUGAAGGAGGCUAAAGACCUGUCAGAUCUGGUCCAGAACAGAAUCACCUACCUACAGAAUCCCCCAGACUGCAGUAAGGCGAGGAAGCUGGUGUGUAACAUCAAUAAGGGCUGCGGUUACGGCUGCCAGCUCCACCACGUCGUCUACUGCUUCAUGAUCGCGUACGGCACCCAGCGCACGCUCAUCCUGGAGUCGCACAACUGGCGCUACGCUCCCGGCGGCUGGGAGACCGUCUUUCUGCCCGUCAGCAACACGUGCAGCGACCGGUCCGGGGCUUCUACUGGUCACUGGUCAGGGGAGGCUCAUGAUAAGGAUGUUCAAGUUGUGGAGUUGCCCAUUGUGGACAGCCUACACCCUCGGCCUCCCUACUUACCUCUGGCAAUCCCGGAGGACCUGGCGCCGCGUCUGCACCGUUUGCAUGGCGACCCGUCCGUCUGGUGGGUGUCGCAGUUCGUCAAGUACCUUGUACGCCCUCAGGCGUGGCUGGAAAAGGAGAUCCAGCAGACCACCGCCAAGCUGGGCUUCAAACAUCCUAUCAUCGGGGUCCAUGUGAGGAGGACAGAUAAAGUGGGAACAGAGGCAGCCUUCCACCCCAUAGAGGAGUACAUGCAGCACGUGGAAGAGCAAUUCCAGCUUCUGGCCAGACGCGUCAAUCUUGACAAGAAGCGCGUUUAUUUGGCCACAGACGAUCCCUCCCUGCUGCAAGAAGCUAAGACCAAGUAUCCGGACUAUGAGUUCAUCAGCGAUAACUCCAUCUCGUGGUCGGCGGGUCUUCAUAACCGUUACACCGAGAACUCACUGAGAGGCGUCAUCCUGGACAUCCACUUUCUGUCUCAGACUGACUUCCUGGUCUGCACGUUCUCCUCACAGGUUUGCCGUGUGGCCUAUGAGAUCAUGCAGACUCUCCAUCCGGACGCCUCCUCCUAUUUCUACUCCCUAGAUGACAUCUACUACUUUGGAGGUCAGAAUGCCCACAAUCAGAUCGCCAUCUACCCGCACCAGCCACGCAACAGCGAGGACAUUCCCCUAGAGCCUGGCGACGUGAUAGGCGUGGCCGGCAACCACUGGGACGGAUACUCCAAAGGCAUCAACCGCAAGCUGGGUCGCACCGGCCUCUACCCCUCCUACAAGGUCAAGGAGAAAAUUGAGACGGUGAAGUACCCACUGUACCCUGAGGCAGACAAACUGCUCACCUCUCAAAACAAGUAAAAAAAAAAAAAGAGGAUAAUAGGAAAAAAAAAGAAGAGUAUGGAGAGACACGUGGUCUCCAGUUCCAGGGAAGGAGGCUGCUUUUUUUUGUACAGAACAAAGAGGCGUACUCGCUACGCUAAGCUGAGAAAAAAAAGAAAAAGCCUGCACCCAGGGUUGAUUGGAACAAAAUGCACUCUGUAUGUGUGUGUAUGAGUGCGUGUUUUGUUUCUUUGAACGUGUGUGUGUGUGUGUGUUUGUGUGGGUGCGUGUGUGUGUGUGCGCGCACUUUUGUAAAUGCCUGUGCAUAUGUCAGGUCAUGGAAGACUUGCACCCUACCACUGCUCCCCCUCCCCAGUGCUCCCACCUGACGUUGUGACGUCGGGUUUGUAGAGAUACGUAGACAUGAACGUUGAUUUUUAAAACAAAGGAUGGAAAAAAAUAAAAAAAACUAUGAAGAUCUCCACGCAAUCGGACCGAGCUGUCCGUCCUGAAACAACACUGGGACUACUGUAAGCCUGGCACGCCCCAGUAUGAGCUUCGAAUCAAUGACUGAAGAAACAAACAAAAAAAAAAUCAAGUUACGUGUUUUGAUUUUUAUUUAAUUUUAUCCAGUGGUUUUGAUUCUAAUCUUGCCUUUUUUUUUCCUCAUGUAUUUUUCUUUGUCUUUUGUUUACUGAAUGUACUGUAUUCUCUUCUUGCCAUGCUUCUUGUCAUUUCACCAUGCUUCCUCCAUUUCCUGUCAUCAUGUGCAAUUAAUUUUACAGAAACCACAUUGUGCUUUUAUCUAGUGUGUUUAACCGUCUUAAUUUGAUGCGUCUGGGGCUUAUGUAUUGUAUACUGUAGAGUGUGUGUGGAAGAGGGCGAACGCGAGAGAGGAUGUUGUUUGAUCAUGUGUGCCUGUGUGUGUGAGGUUUAAAUCUAACGCCUUGCUCAUAUUGAAUGCGGUGCGGGUUGCGGCCAUGAUCCAGUUCUGUUUUUUCCACAAACCCCGAGUCACAUUGCUCCUGGGCCAGCUGCGGCUCCGGUUGCGGAAACUCCACUGGCGAGAACAGAAGUUCAUGUUGUCCUUUCUGUUGCUAUCCCUCAUAAAUGAUUAAAAAACAGCCAUGAUUUUAAUUUUUUAGGGCAAAACUCAUUGUCCGUGUGCUUAAAUAUCCUAUUUCAUCCUCCAAAAGCCCCUCUGUCUCCUCGUGUUGCUGUGUCGCCGUUUUGUUUACACUAGUCAAGCUGGCUAAGUUGGUGCGGUGAUUGUAUUUUGAAAUUCACUGCAACUUUAUCCUGUAUAGCACCUGACGUUUCCUGUUUAGCUCAUGAAACGCAGGAGCUGAAACAGGUAAGCGCUGCGACGCCCGGCUAAACUUCCUUCUUGCAGAAUUUUUCGCAGAGACGCACGGCCUCGGUUGCCAGACCUGCAACCGCGUGCAACUGAUACUGAUGAGUGGGAACAUUGAUUUUUAAUUAUUUGGGUUCCUUGCGGCACCGCAACCGUAUUUGCACCGCAUUCAAUGUAAGCCCGGCGUAAGGGGCCAUGUCAUGACCAUGUGCCUGGUUAUUGGUUUUUGUAUUUCUGAACGAACAGCGUUCAGGCAGCGACGGUGGGGACUCUGAUUGGCCCUUAGCACUUGGAUCAAACCACAAACACCAGUCACUCCACUGUUCACUAUAACAAACAAUAAUUAGGUUGAACGGAGAAUGGUGAACGACACGAUACACGAGCUAUUCUAAGGCUUACCCAAAAGAAGCACUCCAAUAAUGAUGAUAAUGUCCUAUUUUUGCCAUUUUUGCUGCCUCCACCAUUGUUGUUUGUUUUCCUUUUUUUUUUUCUUUGCUGGUUCAAAAUAAAAGAGUAGCUAUAUGGGUUGUUUUUAAAACGUACUAUAUCAAAAUCCCCACCAUGAAGGCUUUUUUCAUAACUUAUGUUCUCGGGCAUUGUCUUUGAUAACCACAAAUAAAAUAAACUUGAGAAACAAACACA